AUGGCGCCGGCGGAAGGGAAUGUGAGUAGGAAGACGGCGUGCACGGCGUGCGUCACCGGAGGGAGUGGGUAUAUCGCGUCGGCGCUGGUGAAGAUGCUGCUGGAGAAGGGGUACGCCGUGAAGACCACCGUCAGGAACCCCGAUGACACGGAAAAGACCGCGCAUCUCAAGGCCUUGGAAGCGCUCGGACCCUUGGAGGUCUUCCGCGCCGAUCUGAACGAAGAGGGCAGCUUCGACAAUGCUGUCGCCGGCUGCGACUACGCCUUCCUCGUCGCCGCUCCGGUGACCCUCUUGCCGGAGAACCCUGAGGAAGAAGUGAUCCAGCCAGCGAUUCAGGGAACCCUGAACGUGAUGAGGUCGUGCGUGAAGGCGGGGACGGUGAAGCGCGUGGUCCUCACAUCGUCCACGGCCGCCAUCUCCAGCCGGCCGCUGCAAGGUGAAGGCCAUGUCCUGGAUGAGGAAUCCUGGUCCGAUGUCGAGUACCUCAGGGCCAACAAGAUCGGUACCUGGGCGUACCCUGCGUCGAAGGUGCUCGCGGAGAAGGCAGCGAUGGCGUUCGCGGAGGAGAAGGGCCUCAGCCUGGUCACCGUGUGCCCCGUCGUCGUCGUCGGCAGGGCCCCGGCGACAAAGGUGACGACCAGCGUCCCCGAGAUCCUCUCCUUGCUAUCCGGCGACGACGACAUGGUCGACAGACUGGAACUCAUCGAGCAGGCGUCGGGGUCGAUCCCGUUGGUCCACAUCGAGGAGGUGUGCCGCGCCGAGAUAUUCACCGCCGAGGAGGCCACGUCGGGGCGGUACAUCGUGUGCACCCUCAACACCUCCGGCGUGGCGCUCGCCCACUUCCUGGCGGCCAAGUACCCGCAGUACGAAAUCAACACAGAUCAUAUUGGUGGUCUUCCGGAGAAGCCCAGGGUGUGCAUUUGGUCGGACAAGAUCGUCAAGGAAGGGUUCGAGUACAAGUACACUAACCUGGACGAGAUAUACGACGACGUCGUCGUGUACGGGAGGGCCUUGGGAGUCCUUCCAUACUGACAUGAUGGGUCUCUCCAUUGUGUCAUCUUAGAACAAAACGAUGGAUGUGCUUGCAAAAUAAAUCCUUUACGGCGUCCUGG